UGCUCACGUGACAGGUCCGCGAGGCCCCUCGCGCAGUCCUCGGGGCGAGCGAAGAUGGCGGCGGAGAGGGAGCCUCCUCCGCUGGGGGACGGGAAGCCCGCCGACUUUGAGGAGCAGGAGGAUGGAGAGGACCUGUUCACCAGCACUGUCACCACCCUAGAGUCAAUUCCAUCUUCUCCAGAACCAAUUAGUCUUCUUACAGAAGAUGUUAGUACAAACUCCAAUGGUCCAAAACCUGCAGAAGUUGUGCUAGAGGAUGACACAGAAGAUCUUUUUGCAGAAGCCACAGAAGAAGUUUCUCUGGACAGUCCAGAAAGGGAACCUAUCCUCUCCUCUGAACCUUCUCCUGCAGUCACACCUGUGACCCCUACUACACUCAUUGCUCCCAGAAUUGAAUCAAAGAGUAUAUCUGCUCCUGUGAUCUUUGAUAGAUCUAGGGAAGAGAUUGAAGAAGAAGCAAAUGGAGAUAUUUUUGAUAUAGAAAUUGGUGUAUCAGAUCCAGAGAAAGUUGGUGAUGGCAUGAAUGCUUACAUGGCAUAUAGAGUAACAACAAAGACUUCUCUUUCCAUGUUCAGUAAGAAUGAAUUUUCAGUUAAAAGAAGAUUUAGUGACUUUCUUGGUUUGCAUAGCAAGUUAGCAAACAAGUAUUUACAUGUCGGAUAUAUUGUACCACCAGCUCCAGAAAAGAGUAUAGUAGGCAUGACCAAGGUCAAAGUGGGUAAAGAAGAUUUAUCAUCCACUGAAUUUGUAGAAAAACGAAGAGCAGCUCUGGAAAGGUAUCUUCAAAGAACAGUAAAGCAUCCCACUUUACUACAGGAUCCUGAUUUAAGGCAGUUCUUGGAAAGUUCAGAGCUGCCUAGAGCAGUUAAUACACAGGCUCUGAGUGGAGCAGGAAUAUUGAGGAUGGUGAACAAGGCUGCCGACGCUGUCAACAAAAUGACAAUCAAGAUGAAUGAAUCGGAUGCAUGGUUUGAAGAAAAGCAGCAGCAAUUUGAAAAUCUGGAUCAGCAACUUAGGAAACUUCAUGCCAAUGUUGAAGCCUUGGUCUGUCAUAGAAAAGAACUUUCAGCCAACACAGCUGCCUUUGCUAAAAGUGCUGCCAUGUUAGGUAAUUCUGAGGAUCAUACUGCUUUAUCUAGAGCUUUGUCUCAGCUUGCAGAGGUUGAGGAGAAGAUAGACCAGUUACAUCAAGAACAAGCUUUUGCUGACUUUUAUAUGUUUUCAGAACUACUUAGUGACUACAUUCGUCUUAUUGCUGCAGUGAAAGGUGUGUUUGACCAUCGAAUGAAGUGCUGGCAGAAAUGGGAAGAUGCUCAAAUUACUUUGCUCAAAAAACGUGAAACUGAGGCAAAAAUGAUGGUUGCUAACAAACCAGAUAAAAUUCAGCAAGCUAAAAAUGAAAUAAGAGAGUGGGAGGCAAAAGUACAACAAGGAGAAAGAGAUUUUGAACAGAUCUCUAAAACAAUUCGAAAAGAAGUAGGAAGAUUUGAGAAAGAACGAGUGAAAGAUUUUAAAACUGUCAUUAUCAAGUACUUAGAAUCAUUAGUACAAACACAACAACAGCUGAUAAAAUACUGGGAGGCAUUCCUACCUGAAGCCAAAGCCAUUGCCUAGCAGGAAGAUUGCUCCUGUUAAGAUCUUGGAAGUUUGUUCCAGUUAUGCUGAUUCCACAGUGAAAUCAUUUAAAACCAUCUAAAUAAACCACUAUAUAUUUUAUGAAUUACAUGUGGUUUGUGUGUGUAUAUAUAUAUAUAUAUAUAUAUG